AUGGAAACAUUCCAACCGAAUGGAGGGAGCGCGUACAAUCACGAUGCACAGGAAUUCACUUACCCACCUCAAGCAGGCGGCCCAGGUAGUUUCCCAGAGUCCUAUGGCGCGAAUGACCGACAGUAUGAUUAUGGCAGCGAGGUUGGCACACAGGGCAACGACGGUGGCGACGAUGCCUAUGAGACCAACAUCAACUUCGUGUAUGCUAAUGAGAAACGUCUCAGCGACUUUCACGCCCUGUUUCGCAGUGUCCCCGAAGACGAGAAGCUGAUCGAAGAUUACGGUUGUGCUCUGCAGAAAGAAAUCCUUGUCCAGGGCAGACUCUACAUCAGUGAGAACUAUGUCUGCUUCAAUGCCAACAUCUUUGGAUGGGUCACCAAUCUGGUUAUCGCCUUCUCAGAGAUCACAGCCAUCGAAAAGCGACUCACUGCGUUUGUGAUCCCCAAUGCUAUCAGCAUUUCUACCACCACCAACACAAAGGGACACUUCUUCGCGUCGUUCUUGUCUCGGGAUGCUGCUCACGACCUGCUGAUGGCCGCAUGGAGAAAGUCGUUCCCGUGUGCGGCCAAUGCCUCUGCAGCCAGCAACAAUGUGUACUUUCAAAGAAACAGAUCCAACGUUACGCUGAACGAUGACGACACCGACACCGAAUCACCAGGAUCGCCUCCCAGAUCCCACGCCAAUGGUGCGGCUGACGGGGACGAUAAAAAAACCAAGGGGGGAAAUCGAGUACCGACUACCUGCAAAUGUUCGAAGGACGGCCGACACUAUGCCAACACAUACAUGUCCGAGACAUUCCCAGGAUCAGUCGAGAGCAUAUGGAAGCUCAUAUUCGACUCGGACUUCAGCAAAGGCUUUUUGACCAACGAAGUCAUGAAAGGCGCGGACGUGCAGGAAGAAGCAUGGCAAAAGGCUGACAAUGGAACGACGACGAAGGUUACAAAGUACACAAAAUGGCUUGGAAUGCCCAUCGGCCCCAAAACGACCAAGGCCAUCCUGACAGAUGUUUGUGAGCAUAAGGACUUUGACGAGUACGUGACGACAGUGACGACAACAUCGACCCCAGAUGUACCCUCUGGAAACAGCUUCACGACAAAGUGCCGUACCUGUAUUACCUGGGCAGGUCCCAAUCAGGUCAAGGUCCUGGUUACUGGCGCGGUUGAGUUUACAAAGAGUAGCUGGAUCAAGGGUCAGAUCGAGAAGGGCGCCGCGGAGGGUAUGACGACGCAUUAUAAGGAAUUGAAUGCGAGCAUGCGGAAACAUAUC